AUGCUCCGUCUCCCCUCCGAAUAUGCCCCCAAGCUACUGAGAGGGCUCCCAGAGCCUGUGAGGGUAGAGGAUACAGCCCCAGCUAUGCAUCCCCCCAACUUCAUGGGGACUUUGCACAUUUCAAUAUUCAAGCUUGAGAAGUGCUACCUCAUGCACUAUACUAGUGUGGAGCCCAGCCUUCUCAAGCAAGAUGUGGAAUCAAACCCAAAGAGUCAUUUUUCAGUCGAGUACUGUGACCGAAGACUCUUCAAAGGAUCCACUAAGCACUUUGACUCGAUGUCUGACAAGGAACAUUGUGCUUGCCAUUCAACCCCUCCCACCCCCAUUGAGUCUACUAUGUGGAUGCCCUAUAUCCACCCCUCCAACUGUGUGGUAGGCAUACCCCUUGGUGAUGAGUACUACUCAAAACCAGGGGUAUGGGAGAAAUCCCCAGCCAGUCAAGAGCUUGAACAGCUCUUUGACAAUGCCACACUGACUGUCAUCAAUGCCUGGUGGGCUCAGACACUCAUUCGCGCCCACCAGCACUUCCUCCUCCUCUCUGUCUUCAAACUCAGCAACCUCCCCCCCUCCCAUCCCCUCCUGCAGUUGUACAACUUCAACACACUGGAGAAGACUUGGGCAGGUGAUUUUGCACAAGAGCAAAUUGACCUGUUCAUGCCAAUGCCCCAAGCCUAUGCCCAUGUCCUCUGGGUGCAUGCACAGGCCAAGCCCUUGUUGCCCUCGAACCUCCCCACCCUCUACAACUACACUAGUGUAUGCACAGGAAACAUUCCUCAUGUGUACAUUGAGCAAUAUCAACUGGAUGGCAUCUCCAUCCUCAAACCCCUCCUCUGGGAGGACAUCCUCAAAAAGGACCCCAAGGCGAACUUGCCUUGGAAGGACUUGAACAAGUCCAAGAUGCACACUAAGGGCAAGAAGAAGGCCACUGACACCCUUGAACAACUCCAGGGCAAUGAGCUCUUUGCCAAGGCUGCCAUCCUCCACCAACCUUUUUAUGGCAAGGUUCGAACUCGCAUCAAGCUCCUCAAUGUUGCCAACCCCAAGUUUGAAGCUGGAGCUCUUGGAGUUGAGAGAAGGGGGCAUCUCCUCAAAGGAGAAGAGCCCCCUGACAUUGACUAUGAGGGGCAGCAACUCCAGACUACCCUGGAUGCCAUUCCAUUUACAAGGUGGACUGAGGAGGACUGGGAGAAAGUGGAAGAGAUGUGGAGGCAGUGGAUGGAGGAGUUCAACUGCCCUGCUCCUCCCGUAUUCAACCACCCCCUCUCUCCACUCUGGGGGAUCACUCAAUCUUGCGAGCACACUCCCCCUCCUCCUCCUCCUCCUCACCAACCUACUCCUCCUCCUCCCCCUCCUCACAAAUGCACUCCUCCCCCUCCUCAUGAAUGCACUCCUCCCCCUCCUUGCCCUCCCCACAAUAAUGUGUACUCCUGGUCAAACCCAGAGCACUGUAAACUCAUUAUGGCAAAGCACUGGGGAGGAGCUGUGGUUGAGAAGGUGCCAGAGCCUGUCAAGGAGAUGACCAAAAUGGACAUUGGCAUUGCAGCCUCUGAAGAGCUUCUCACAAAGCUCAACAGGGCUUUGGGUGAAUAG